AUGGCGACCAACAGUACUGUCCUGCCUCUGCUGAGGCGCGAAAUGCGAACUGCUUCGGCCCGCCUUUCUCGAGCUUCCCCCUCCGUCACCGUGCUGGCUUCUCCAGCCCGCUCCCCCGCUACUCUCUUCUCAAACCCCGGUCGACGCAUCACCAACCGGUCCGCUUCCUUUCUGCCGCCCAGCCAGACCAGAGCCUUCUCGCAAUCGGUAUUACGGAGGUUCACUGACGAGAAUGGCAACUUUGAUCCUCGAUCCCUCGAUCGCGAGUCCGACGAAGUGGAUGUGUGUAUCGUUGGUGGUGGUCCCGCCGGUCUUGCCGCCGCCAUUCGCUUGAAGCAGCUCGCCAACGACGCAGGCAAUGAGGAGUUCCGGGUGAUCUUGCUGGAGAAGGCCGGAGAGUUGGGCGCCCAUAUCGUCUCCGGAAACGUCCUGCAACCUACCGCGCUGAAUGAGCUUUUGCCGGACUGGCUGUCCGAGGACAACCCUUCGCGCUUCGAGGGCGCAACCGCCGCCAAGGGCGAUAAGAUGCGCUUUUUGACCGAGAAAUCCUCCUUCCCCCUGCCCACGCCCCCUCAAAUGCAUAAUGAAGGAAACUAUAUUAUUAGUUUGAGCGAGUUGACAAGGUGGCUGGGCGAGCGUGCUGAAGAGCUGGGCGUCGAGGUUUACCCCGGAUUUGCGGCCAGUGAGGUGGUCUACAAGCCAGAUGGAUCAGUGAAGGGUGUUGCGACCAAUGACCUUGGCCUCGGACGAGAUGGGCAGGCUAAGGAUACCUUUGAGCGUGGAAUGGAGUUCCACGCCCGCGUUACCCUUCUCGCCGAGGGCUGCCACGGCAGCUUGACUAAGCAGGUUAUGAAGAAAUUCGACCUGCGUCGCGAUAGCCAGCCGCAGACGUAUGGUCUUGGAGUCAAGGAAAUUUGGGAGAUCCAGCCGGAGAAGUUCAACUCCGGUGCGAUCACGCACUCGAUGGGUUACCCUCUGCCUAAGGAUACCUACGGUGGAGGUUGGAUGUACCACUUUGGAGAUAACAUGGUGAGUAUCGGUCUGGUAGUAGGAUUGGACUACCCCAACCCGUGGCUUUCGCCAUAUGGAGAGUUUCAGAAGUAUAAGCAACACCCCAUGAUUAAGGAGGUGCUUGAGGGAGGCAAGUGUAUUUCUUACGCUGCUCGUGCACUCAACGAGGGUGGCUUUCAGUCCAUCCCCAAGUGUGCCUUCCCUGGCGGUGCUUUGAUUGGUGACACAGCGGGUUUCCUGAAUGUUCCCAAGAUUAAGGGUACCCACACUGCAAUGAAGUCGGGUAUGCUGGCUGCCGAGUCCGCGUUUGCGGCUCUGCAGGGCGAGGACGACGCCGGCACCGUGUUCCUCUUCGACUACGAGAAGGCUCUUCGUGAUUCAUCCAUCUGGAAGGAGCUGAAGGAAGUUCGCAACAUUCGUCCAUCUUUCAACAGCCCCCUGGGAUUUUUCGGUGGCCUGAUCUAUUCGGGAUUAGAAGCCUACGUCCUGAAGGGCCGUGUGCCGUGGACUCUCAGCCACCACGGCACCGAUGCCGCCGCUACUAAGCCCGCUUCUGAAUACAACAAGAUCGAAUACCCCAAGCCCGAUGGCGAAAUUACGUUUGACAUUCUGACAAGCGUGAGCCGCACCGGUACCAACCACGAAGAGGACCAGCCGGUCCACCUGCAGGUGGAAGAUUGGGACAAGCACAAGGACCUUGCCUGGCCUGCGUAUAAGGGCAUAGAGAACCGGUUUUGUCCUGCCGGCGUGUACGAGUAUGUCGAGGAUCCCAGUAAGGAGCACGGUGUUCGAUUCCAGAUCAACUCGCAAAACUGCAUCCACUGCAAGACCUGCGAUAUCAAGGUGCCCACUCAAGACAUCAACUGGCAGACACCUCAAGGUGGAGAAGGUCCUAAGUAUAUGAUGACAUGA